CGUUCAGAGGAAUAGGGGGCGGUCGGUUCUUGUUACCAACGUAUCCAGACUGCUACAAUGGAGAAAAAGGUAGCCAGAGAAUUCAGGCACAAGGUGGACAUAUUAAUUGACAGUGAUGCAGAGAAAGACUAUCUGUAUGAUGUUCUACGCAUGUACCACCAGUCGAUGGAUCUCCCUGUUCUGGUGGGAGAUCUAAAGCUGGUGAUAAAUGAGCCGAGUCGUCUGCCAAUGUUUGAAGCAAUCCGGCCACUUAUUCCCUUGAAGCACCAAGUAGAAUACGACAGCCUGACACCAAAACGAUCUCGGAAACUAAAAGAGGUGCGUUUGGACCGGACACAUCCUGAAGGACUAGGGCUAAGCGUACGCGGUGGACUGGAGUUUAGCUGUGGCCUCUUCAUCUCCCAGUUGGUGAAUGGGGGACAAGCAGACAAUGUUGGCUUGCAGCUGGGUGAUGAGAUUGUUCGGAUCAAUGGCUACUCGAUUGAAUCCUGCACGCACGGGGAAGUGAUAAAUCUCAUCCGCACCAAAAAGACUGUCUCGCUGAAAGUUAGACAUGUUGGAAUGAUUCCGGUCAAAAGUUCUUCUGAGGAAUCCUUGAAAUGGCAGUUUGUGGACCAGUUUGUGUCGGAUGCAGGGGAUGGGAAGAUCAGUUUAGCUGGAUUGGCUUCACUGGGAAACAAGGAAAUAAGGGAAAAGAAGGUUUUCAUUAGCUUGGUUGGUGUAAAAGGCAUGGGAUGCAGCAUAUCCAGUGGCCCCACCCAGAAGCCGGGGAUCUUCAUCAGUAACAUUAAACCAGGGUCGGUUUCUGCAGAGGUCGGCUUAGAGGUUGGAGAUCAAAUUGUUGAAGUGGAUGGAGUUGAUUUUACGAAUGUAGAGCACAAGGAGGCAGUCCGAAUAUUGAAAAGUAACAGGAGCCUCACGCUUGUUGUUCUCACCGGUGCGGGUAAAGAACUAUUCCAGAGUGAAGAAGAACGGAUGAAUGACUAUUACCGACAUGAAAGGGAACGGCAGGAGCUAAUGCAGCAGAAAAGGCUUGCGUUGGAAACCAACAAAAUUGUGAAGGAACAAUUAGAGAAAGAGAGGCAAAGGAAGUUGGAGAUAACACAGAAAACUGCAGAAGAACAAGAGAGAUUUCAAAAAGAAAUUGAACAGAUUGAAGUGCAAGAACAGAAGUUCAAGAAGGAAUGGGAUGAAGACUGGGGAGAACGGGAUCGGGGACGGGAGCAACCCAGAAGUCUAAUGUCUACAGGAGCUGAUAUAAUUCCACAUCCUCCGCCGGAAAGUAAAAAAGACACAACGACCGACGAUCACACUCAAUUAACAGCGGAUGAAUUGACAGAACAAGCUGUGGAAUUGGGAAAGGAUCAGGGCUUUCAGAAAUAUGUGGAGGACUUUGAUCCGUAUUCCAUGUUCACAUCAGAACAGAUUGUGGGAAAAGAUGUUCGCCUCUUACGAAUUAAGAAGGAGGGAUCGCUGGACCUUGCAGUUGAAGGGGGCAUCAGCUCUCCACUUGGGAAGAUAGUUGUGUCUGCUAUCUAUGAUGGAGGCGCUGCAGACAAACAUGGCGGAAUAGUGAAAGGAGAUCAAAUAAUGGCGGUCAAUGGGAAGAUCCUGGUAGAUGCCACCCUACCUGAAGCCCAGACGACGUUGGCAAAGUCUUGGAACAGUGGCGGCGACUGGAUAGAUUUGGUUAUCGCAGUGUCUCCACCAAAGGAUUAUGAGGAUGAAGUGACAUUCUUCUGAUAAAAGAGCGACAUGUGAUAUCAUGAAGACUUCUUCUCCAAGAAUCAAAUCAUAAAGUCCUUUAAUGUGCAAAAAUAGUAUUGGUGAAAAAAAUGCUUAAUUAAUCUGAAUUCAUUAUAAUGGUAAUAAUUACAAGUCAAAGUAAAUAUCAAUACAUGUAGUAUUUGCUACAUGGAAUUAAUGGGACUAUAUAGUAACAUUAUUAUGGAAUUACAUGUGCUGUGUCAAAUUAACUUCUGUUAGAAAUCAUGUCAGUAGGUUUAACAAAGAAUGGAAGACUAUAUGGUUGGAACAACUUUUGUCAUGUUCUUCAAUGGAACCUCUGUUUUAAUACGCAAAAGGGCUCAAAUAACUAUUAUAUUAACACAGAAAUGCAUUGGAUCUCAUGAACCUGUUUUAACGCCAUACAAUAAUGUCAUAAAGUAGCUCCGCAUCUGUGCUUCUUUGAUGAGAGUGAACUUGUACAAUUAUCAGGACGGCACAGUGGUGCAGCUGGUAAAGCUGUUGCCUCACAGUGCCAACAACCUGAGUUCAAUCCUGACCUCAGAUGCUGUCCAUGUGGAGUUUGCACCUUUUCUCUGUGACCGUGUGGGUUUCCUCCCACAUCCCAAAGACGUAUGGGUUUGUAGGUUAAUUGGCCUCUGUAAAAAUAAAACAUAUUGACCCUAAUCUGCCGGGAAUGGAAGCUAAAAUGGGAUAACAUAGAACUGGAGUGAACGGGUGAUUGAUGGUUGGCGUGGACUUGGUGGGGUGAAGAGACUGUUGCCAUGCUGUUUGUCUGAACUAAACA